GCGGGCUGGUGGCGGCGGCGGCGGCGGUGGCUGCUGCUGCGGCUGCGACUCGGCGCUUUGAGCCCGAACCGCGGGUGAACUUGGGCGCCACGUCCGCGGCGACUGGCUCCCAAGGAUGGUGAACGCGAGCUGCUGCUGGUGAUCCUGCCUCCACCGCUGCUUCUCGGGGACUGCCGAGCUUGGGGGCCCCCAGCCUCCUCCCCUUGCCCAGCUGUGGGUGAACCUGCAGGCUCCAUACCCACCCAGAGGACUUUUUUUGAAAGGAAGCGAGGGAGGGAGGGAGAGGGAGAGAGAGAGAGAGAAAGCGAAGGGGAGCUCGUCCAUCCAUUGAAGCACAAUUCACUAUGAUCUUACUCACAUUCAGCACUGGAAGACGGUUGGAUUUCGUGCAUCAUUCAGGGGUGUUUUUCUUGCAAACCUUGCUUUGGAUUUUAUGUGCUACAAUCUGCGGAACGGAGCAGUAUUUCAAUGUGGAGGUUUGGUUACAAAAGUACGGCUACCUUCCACCCACGGACCCCAGGAUGUCUGUGCUGCGCUCUGCAGAGGCCAUGCAGUCUGCCCUAGCUGCCAUGCAGCAGUUCUACGGCAUUAACAUGACAGGAAAAGUGGACAGAAACACAAUUGACUGGAUGAAGAAGCCUCGAUGUGGUGUACCUGACCAGACAAGAGGUAGCUCCAAAUUUAAUAUUCGUCGAAAGAGAUAUGCACUAACAGGACAGAAGUGGCAGCACAAACACAUCACUUACAGUAUAAAGAAUGUGACUCCAAAAGUAGGAGACCUUGAAACCCGUAAAGCUAUUCGCCGUGCCUUUGAUGUGUGGCAGAAUGUAACUCCUUUAACAUUUGAAGAAGUUCCCUACGGUGAAUUAGAAAGUGGCAAACGAGAUGUGGAUAUAACCAUCAUUUUUGCAUCUGGUUUUCAUGGAGACAGUUCUCCCUUUGAUGGAGAGGGAGGGUUUUUGGCACAUGCCUAUUUCCCUGGACCAGGAAUUGGGGGAGAUACUCAUUUUGACUCAGAUGAGCCAUGGACAUUAGGAAAUCCUAAUCAUGAUGGAAAUGACUUAUUUCUUGUAGCAGUUCACGAACUGGGGCAUGCUCUGGGAUUGGAGCAUUCCAAUGACCCCACAGCCAUAAUGGCCCCAUUUUACCAGUACAUGGAAACUGACAACUUCAAACUGCCUAAUGAUGAUUUGCAGGGCAUCCAGAAGAUAUAUGGUCCACCUGAUAAGAUUCCUCCACCGACAAGACCUCUACCGACGGCGCCCCCACACCGCUCUGUGCCCCCCGCCGACCCGAGGAGGAACGACAGGCCGAAACCCCCCCGGCCCCCCACAGGCAGACCGUCCUAUCCUGGAGCCAAACCCAACAUCUGUGAUGGCAACUUUAACACUCUAGCUAUUCUGCGCCGGGAGAUGUUUGUUUUCAAGGACCAGUGGUUUUGGCGAGUGAGAAACAACAGAGUGAUGGAUGGAUACCCCAUGCAGAUUACUUACUUCUGGCGGGGCUUGCCUCCUAGUAUUGAUGCAGUUUAUGAAAACAGUGAUGGGAAUUUUGUCUUCUUUAAAGGUAACAAAUAUUGGGUAUUCAAGGACACUACGCUUCAACCUGGUUACCCUCAUGACUUAAUUACUCUUGGAAGUGGAAUUCCCCCUCAUGGUAUUGAUUCAGCCAUUUGGUGGGAGGACGUUGGGAAAACGUAUUUCUUCAAGGGAGACAGGUAUUGGAGGUAUAGUGAAGAAAUGAAAGCUAUGGAUCCUGGCUAUCCCAAACCAAUCACAGUCUGGAAAGGUAUCCCUGAAUCUCCUCAGGGAGCUUUUGUGCACAAAGAAAAUGGCUUUACAUAUUUCUACAAAGGAAAGGAGUAUUGGAAAUUCAACAACCAGAUACUCAAGGUAGAACCUGGAUAUCCCAGAUCCAUCCUCAAGGAUUUUAUGGGCUGUGAUGGACCAACAGACAGAGAUAAAGAAGGACACAGCCCACCAGAUGAUGUAGACAUUGUCAUCAAACUGGACAACACAGCCAGCACUGUGAAAGCCAUAGCUAUUGUCAUUCCCUGCAUCUUGGCCUUAUGCCUUCUUGUAUUGGUUUACACUGUGUUCCAGUUCAAGAGGAAAGGAACGCCCCGCCACAUACUGUACUGCAAACGCUCUAUGCAAGAGUGGGUGUGAUGUAGGGUGUUUUCUUCCUCUCUUUUCCAGGAGUUUGUGGUAACUUGAGAUUCAAGACAAGAGCUGUUAUGCUGUUUCCUAGCUAGGAGCAGGCUUGUGGCAGCCUGAUUCAGGGCUGACCUUUCAAACCCAGAGGGUUGCCGGUCCUGCGCAUGAGUGCAAAUACACUCGUGGGGAAGCUUCCAUGAUGCACAGUAUCUGCCGUUCUUCAGUCCUUUGUCUUUCUUUGUCAUUCCGUUCUAGGCCUUUCCUCUGCACGCUCAAUGCCCAGUAAAUUUUCAGGAUUACCUAAAGAAGAGGAAAAAAAAAGAAGAAGAAAAGAUUCUUCUUAAAGGUUUCUAAUAAUUUUUUUUUUCCUUCUGAAGACUGGGGGGAAUAAAGGCAAAACAGAAAACCCACAAUUUUUUGCUUUAAAGCAAAGAAAAAAGAUUUUUUUUUUAAACCCACAAUUGAACUUUCAGGAAAGUGUGAAGACCCAAAACAGCUUUGUCUCCAAAGAAGAUAGCUCUCUGACUGCUAUGGAUAGUCUCCUACACAUCCUUUUGGUCAGGUGGGAGAUUUGGAAUACACACAGGACUUUAGACUGUUGGGACAGCCAUUUUCCAACAAACAAGGGGCCAAAAUAUCUGCAAUAUAGUAACAGCCUUAAUAAUACAUCCACUUUUCAUUUUAUACAGCUGUUCUCAGCUAUGUCCUCAACGUUUCAUCACAUUUAUAUUCAUAGCUAUAUUCAAACAGGACCUUUUAAUUGUUUUGAAGUGUUUCUAAACUCCUUCCUGCUACCUUCUCCCUACAGCAUUGGGAUAUCUCCCCAGGUUGUAUUAGGCCAUUGCCCCAGGCCUUUCAUGGGUCUGUCAGGAAUAUUCACUACGAAGAGGAGCAAGAAGCAGUGUGUCUCUAAAGUGGAUUAAAGUGACAGUUAUUUUACAAGGAUAUGUGACCCUAGUAAUACAUUGGAAUAACCCUUUGAGAACUAUUAGAUCAGCUUUCAGAGUCUUAGGGUGUCAGUCUUGAUAUCUGGUAAAUCCUAGAAUUGGGCAAUGGGUAAAAGCCAGUCACAGGUUCGAGAAGCUUAGUUUUUAAAACAGAUAUCCUAUAAUCCCAUGUAAUUUUUAAGUGAUUUACCAUAAUCCAUACAUGCAUUUAUAACAAAAAAGAAUGAUGUUACUUGCCAAAAUUUUUCUGGCAAAUAAAAAGGUAUUUUAUUAAAUAUCUUGUAAGAGUGAAAUUUUAUUCGAACAACUGGUUAUAAUAGCCUGUCUUUUUUUUUCUUAGACAUAUUGAAUUUCUGUUUUAAAAUCCAUUGCAUGAAAAUUCAAUUUGCCAUGGUACAUGCAGUCAGCAUUGCCAUUUUAAAAAUGAACUUAAAAGAUGACUCUGAGGUUGCAUGAACAUUCUCCCGUGCAUUACCUAUUGCAUGUCAACCAUAGUUCUCAAAGGGUUAGUGUGGCUUCCGACAUUUAGCCAAUCCAUUUGAUCAUUGACAGAGCCAAGAGACCACCAAAGCAUUUAAUUGUUGAGUGUUAAUUUGUCCAAACAGCAGUAUUGUCAUUUUCAUGUGACCUGCAGAGCAGGUCUGUAUCAAUAUUUUUUUCCUAGAGAAAAGUCAGCAACUGACAGACCUCUUUAUUGAUUUUUAAGAGCUGCUUCUUGCAGUGAAAGGCUUUACAGCCACUGGGCUGUGAACUUACUAGAGAUGGUCAGAACGAGUGCACCCCGUGGCUUUGUGUGAAAGCCAGCUAUUGAGGGGAUUAGCUUUUGAAACAAUGAACAGCUUGCCUUGAACUUGACUAUUGAUCUGUUGACUGUCAUUAACAACUUAAACAUUGUCUUCUGUGAAAAAUUUCCUUGGAGAGUCCUGUUCUAUGUCUUUGCCCUUUGACCUUUAACUUGCAAACUGGCACAAACUGAAGGGAAUCUGGGGUUGCUUCUCCAUUUAGGAUUGUUCAUUUGUUCCCGAAAAGCCUAGUGAGCACGAGCUGUUUCCUUAGUGGGGGGAGAGAGAGUGUUGAUGGUGGAUCUGCAGAUGGACACUUUGCUCUUUUUCAUGCACACUCUAAAAAUGUCCAGUAGGUAGAAGUGACUUUUAAUUUUCCUUUAAUAUAAUUUCAAUUCCAAAUUCAUCAUUUUAGUACAAAUUACAAAAACUAUAGGGGAAAAAAAAACCUCAAAUACUUGAAUGGCCAGUGUGGCUUUUAUAUAAAGCAGGAAUUUUAUACUAGUGAAAAUUUCUUACUCAUUUGCUAAUAAUACACAUUUUCAGAUGAUUUUUAAUGAGUGUAGGUAUACAUUCUUAUUUGGAAAUGGAUAGUUUGGCUGCCUUGGAUUUAUAUUUAUACUCAACAUAGCAUGAAAAUUAGAAUGCCUUUCAGUUAAACUACAUGCUUAUGAUUUGGUUGGGGAAAAUAUUUUGUAAUUUUGGGUGGCAUGCUGCAAGACCUUGCAGAUUGUUAUUUCUUGCAACCUGAACAUAUAUGUUGUAAGGCUAAGGAAAAAGAAUAGCUAGAAAAGAGGUAUGGCUUUACAGCAAAACAUUAUGCAAUGCAGACUGUAUUUUGACAGUAUGUCAGAGAUCAUGUAUGUGAAGGCCAAGAAAGCAAGGGAGAGGAACAGAAUCAACCCUGUAGCUUUGCUUCAGUGCUUCCAUUCCUGAUGAUGCUGAUAUUAUAGAGUCAUUUACUGCUACCGAGCAUGGAGGACUGUAUACAUAAAUUCAUUUAUACAGUAUUUGAUUGUGGGAGGAUCUGUCUUUUUAGGACCUCGAUGUUAAAAAAAAAAAAAAAAAAAAGACUGGAAA